AUGCGCUCACUGGAAUCUGCCCUACGUCAACUGAGGGGUCAACAGGAGGAGCUGAGGAUUUACGCUCAGGAUCAUAAAGCUAUCCUUUCACCAGCACGACGACUAUUUCCAGAGCUUUGGUCCGAAAUAUUUCUAUGGUGUCUACCUGAGCACCUAGAACAUCAUCUGGCGAGGAGAAGCGCGGGUGAUAACAUUACAGAUGUGUCGGCCUUAGACGCUCCCCUCCUUUUAACAAGAGUAUGCUCCACAUGGCGAGAGAUUGCCCUGUCCGCCCCCAAACUAUGGUCCAACAUCGCUUAUACCGUGUGUCGUCCUUCAGCGUCGAAAUCUCAGUUGCAGCGACUGAAAACUUGGCUGUCGAGAUCCGGCAUCACACCCCUCUCAGUUGUCAUCUGUAGAUCGUUCUUUGACGCCAAUAACCACCUCGAUCACCCAUACUUAUACAUCCCGGAUCCUAUUCCCCCACUCAGCGACGAUCCCGUUUUACAGUUCAUCUUCUCUCAGUCGCACCGGUGGGAGAGUGCGGAAAUGAUCCUUCCAGCUAGUGAAUCCGCGCAGGCUCUUGUGCCAUUGAUGGAUAACCUACCGAAUCUAAGACGUUUGACAUUUGGAAUGUUCUGGAAUGACACUACUGCGGCAAGCACUGAUUCCCAUUCAAAUGUCUUCAUUGGCGCGUUUGAAACUGCACCUCGACUUGAGGAUGUGGCAUUCGUGGAGCAAGCGCGGUUACACAUAGCGUUACCCUCUUCCAACGCGUUGACUAGUCUCUCCGUGGAAGCAUUGAUGUCUCCUCUUGAUGCUAUCUCGAUGCUAUACCAAUAUACGAACCUCCAAACAUGCAGUUUGAAUGUCAUGACUACACUUUCACUACCGACCACCCAGUUGGUUGUUGAUGACCAAAGGCCCGUGCUCCAAAUGCGAUCCCUCACCCUUAAACUUUCCGGAAAUACCGUCUGUACGUACGGGAGUUUCCUGAGCCGCCUCCACCUUCCGCAUCUUUCAGAACUGCGUAUCCGAUCGUACAAGUGGGUUCAAGGUCAAAUUAUUCCGUUCUUGGAAGAACUUCCUCCAAUGCGAUCGUUGGAGCUGAGUUCUCCGUCAUUGUCAGCGGAACAUCUGGUGGAGUGUCUUGGCCUCCCAUCUAUGCGUACUGUCGAAGAACUUUUCGUGGGACAAGGAAUCAUAUUUCAUGUUCCAUUUGUACCUAACGAACCCGGAUUCGCGAAUCUGUUCCGUUCGGGAAGGUUUCUCCCGCGACUUGAGCAGGUGGGAUGGGUAUGUUUUGGGAAUGCUACCACUGGAUAUGAUGCUGCGCAGAUUGCUUGCAUGCUGGGGGCGCGGAUGGAUGAUGUUGGAGGACAAGAUGAACGCAGCUUUGGAAGGUUUCGCAGUUUCCAUUUGACGCUUAAUAGAAAGUGGGGUGAUCUUGGUGGGAGGAAUGUAUUUUUUGGUUUUGAAGAGUUUCAGUCGCGUGGUGUCUAUGUGGAUGUGCGAGUUCGAAGGUAUUAG